GUCACCUAUAAUUGGCGCUUCCCGUUUUCAAUUUUUCUCUCAACUUUUCAUCUCUGUUUCUCUGUUUCCAAUUUUCUCUCUCAAUCUCUGCGAAUUCGAAACGAACUGAUCGCAUUUCUGCAACCCAAUAGUCGGGGAGACUGAAAUCAGAGGGCAGGUCUGGCCGGAUUAAGCACCGCAGCCGUUCGAAUCGGCGGAGGCGGAGGUUUCUGGAACCGGAAGUGGAAGAAGAGGCGGAGCAGGAGGAAGACGAAGGUUAAGGAUCGGUUUAUGGAGCUCUGGCACAAGAUGAUUUUCCCCGUCCGACGAGUUUGGCUCGCUGUUUCCGCUCGCGUUAGGGCUCGCAAGAACGGAGCUGGACUUUUGAAGCUCCAUGAUGAUGUAGAAACCUGCGGGUAUGAAGAUGUGAAGGUGAUGUGGGAAAUGCUUCGUAGAUCGGAGUCGGAGCUGGUCGGUCACCAGCCGAAGCGGAAGCAGCGGCCGUUCUGGCGAGUCUCGGUGUGGUCCAACCAUGCCGCUGCAGCCUCGUCUUUCACUGCAACUCAUGCUUGAUGCCAUCAGAUCAGCUCUCGUCUCAGCUCAGCUUCUGUACCAUCUCUUUGGUAUCUUCCAUCUUUCUUUUUGGAACUAACAGCCAAUGCUUGCCAUGGCACAGCUGAACUCUUUUACAAACGUGUUCAAAGAAAAUGUGAAGUCUUUGCAAAGGCAGUUGAUCUUUAGCUUCCACUUUGAACAGAAAAGAACAGCCUCUUGUAAGUAAUAAUAAAAAUUUUGGUCCAUAGCUCGAAUUGUUCGCAAAUUGAUCGAUGAUGAUACUGCAUUCGAUGUGUUCAGAAGUCCAUGGAAAUAUAUAAUACUUGUAGUUAGUUUUUCAUCUA